GCACAGGCUAUGUUACAAGACCAUGUGGUGCGUAUGACCGGGAAAUCUCUUAAUUUUGGUAGUGAUUUACCCGAUUCAUCGGCAUCAAGAAGAUAUGAUGAAGAAGUGAUUAGGGUUAAUACCGAAAAAGAAAUUAGAGAACAAAGCGUUGCAGAUAUUGAAAGAAAUAUUUCAAGGAUUCAAGACUCGAUAAUGCGAAUUGCAAGAGAACGGGAAGAAAUCGAAGAUAAGCUACGCAGAAUCGAGGGAAAUACGAGGUCUUAUGAUAGUGAUGCCCGGAAAUGGGAGGAUGGAACCAGUGUAGGUGAAGAAGUGAGGAAGUUCAUUGAUGAACUUAAAAGAGAUGCUCCAAACUUAUCUUAUCGUACAGAAUACAGUCAAAGUAAUUAUUCUUAUGAUAAAGUAAAAUAUAGUGAACCUCGCUAUUCAUCUACAAAAAAUGAUACGCAUGAUCGUAAUCGAUCAGUUUCUUCUUCAUCUUUGGGUUAUAGUCCAGUUAGCAGCUCUGUUCAAAGCUGUUCUGAUGCAAAAACUCCAGAGGAACGUAGUGCUUUUAUUCAGGCAGAAGCAAAACGCAGAAUGGAGGAACGAUUAAAGGCUUUGGGUAUUGAUAAGCCGUCAUCUGAAAAACCCACAUCGACUCCUAGUUCAUCAACGAUCACUGAUAGACUAGUACGUGAGAGAGCUGACGCAGCUGAAAAACUUGAACGCGCGGAACGAGAAGCUGCAGAACGUGAGCGUAUUCGUGAACAAAAGCUUUUGGCUGAAAAGCAAAAGAAAGCAGAGCAAGAAGCAGAUCGAUUAAGAAAGAUAGAAGAGUUUAAACGCCAGGAGGAGGAAAGAAAAAAUAAAUGGCUUAUAGAAGCUCAGGAACUUGAGAAAGCAAAGGAGAAAAAAUUGCGUGAUAAGGAGGAGGCAUCACGUCUUAUGGAAUUAGAGUUGGAAAGGAGGAGAAUAGAAGCUGAAAGAGAAAAGCGUCAACAAGAAGAACGCUUAUCUCCUCCACCAACAUUCUCCCUUACUGCUAAAUCGACCACGUCCAAACCAUCGUCAAAUAUUCCCAUUGCUCCUCCAGCACCACCAUCAAAUAUUCCAGUUGCACCUCCAAUGCCACCAUCUUCAAAUGUUCCAUCAGCGCCACCAUUGCCGCCGUCUUCAUCAAAUAUUCCAUCAGCUCCACCAUUGCCAACAUCCACCUCAAAAAUUCCAUCAGCGCCACCGUUGCCACCGCCUUCAGCAAAUAUUCCAUCUGCGCCACCAUUGCCACCAUCUGCACCAAAUAUAUCAAUUGCAUCGCCAGCACCCGUAGCUGCAUCAAAUACCUCGGUUUUGUCACAAUCUCCGCCGUCUGAUGCUAAAUUACAAUCUUCUAUACCAUCACAACCGCAGCCGUCAGGCGCACGAAGUGCCUUGUUAAGCCAAAUUCAGCAAGGUAAAAAGUUAAGACCUACACAGACUAAUGAUCGGUCAUCACCUCUUGCUGCAGGUAGGACCAAUUCUUCUCCUACACCGGGAGUUUCCUCUGAUGGGUCUGUAUCUAGCAUUGGUCUAGGCGCAUUGUUUGCUGGUGGCAUGCCAAAGCUUCAGAGUCGUGGCGGAGUAGAAACUGGUCGUUCAUUUACUGAAGACACUC